AUGUCUCAUGAUUAUCAUGCUCAUCACAAUCAUGCAGACAUGUCCAUUACAACAACAACAACGAUGAUGACCAUGAAUCAUGCUAAUCAUAUCAGGCCCGCGAAAAUCAAUUCACCAUCGGGUCAUAGUGGCCAUGGUUCACAUACGAAAGAUAUGAUGAUGAUGGCAAUGACCUUUCAUGGUGGCUAUACGGAACAAAUUCUGUUCGAUCAGUGGAACACGAAAUCAGUUGCUGCCUUUGUCGGAUCUUGGUUUGUAAUAUUUUUUGUUGCGGUACUCUACGAAGGAUUAAAAACCGUACGAGAUCAUCUAGCCAAACGUGAAAUACGUCGGCAUCCGUCCGAUGAAGAUAAUCGUCAAUCACCGCUUGUACGUCAGCAUGAUCAACAGAAUGAUCGUUCUAACAAUAAUGAUUUACUACCACGAGUUAGAACAACAGAUAACCGUACUAAACGCGCUCGACUUUUGAGUACUUACCACAUCAUUCAAACUUUGUUGCAUAUUCUUCAAAUGGGUAUCAGUUAUUUACUAAUGCUGAUAGCAAUGACAUUCAAUGUUUAUCUAUUCCUUGCGGUUAUCCUCGGCGCUGGCUUAGGCCAUUUCCUAUUCGGCUGGCGCCGCUCGACCGUUAUCGAUUAUAACGAGCAUUGCCAUUAA